CCCUUCCUUCCUCCCUCUCUAGGCUAUGUAAACCCCACCUCCCCUUCCUCGGGGCCCCACCCUUCACCAGCCACGUUUCAGCACCAAGAAGCGCGGACAGCUCCCCGGCCCCAGAGAGGGAAGAAGGGAGGGGGAAAGGGAGGGAGGGAGGAGAGGAAAAAGAAGAGGAGGAGGAGGGGGCCCCACGCCCACCAGCCCAGCCUCCUGCCUCUCCUCGCCGCCUCCAUCUCUCGCCUGGCUUUGGAGCCACCGCCUCGCCAACAACAUCCCUGCUGGGAAGACGAGCCCAGGGAGGGGAGGAAGAGGAAGAAGAGGAGGAAGAAGAAGAGGAAGCAAAGGAAUGCCCACCUCGGAGGAGCUCAUCUGGUAACAGCAUCGUGGUCUCUUUGGUGCCAAGUGAAGACUUUUGGAUUCACAAGCUCAAGGAUGGCGAACAAGACCCAUGAGGAAAGGUUGAAAGACUUAGGUUCCACAAUGAAUGCAGCACGGAGGUCAGCCCGAGUGGAUUCAGGGGCGACGGAGUCCCAGAUGGAGCCGUCGCUCAAUGCCACUGAAAUGCCCAGCAAGGAGAAUGUUUUUUCCGACAUGAAAGACAAAUUCAUGAACAAACUGGGAAAGCUGCCAAUUCCACCUUGGGCUUUGGCCGCGAUCAUCAUUGUUGUUGGAGUGCUACUUCUGUGCUGCUGCUUCUGUGUCUGUAAAAAAUGCUUUGGCAAAAAGAAGAAAGGAAAGAAAGGGAAAGACAAAGUGAAGGCGCAGAUUAAUAUGAAAGAGGUGAAGGAGUUGGGCAAAAGCUACAUCGAUAAGGUUCAGCCUGAGGUAGAAGAUUUGGACCCAUCACUGUUGCAGGAGCCCAAAGAGGAGAAGCCACAGGAAAAGCUGGGAAAACUCCAGUACUCACUUGACUAUGACUUUCAGAGCACACAGCUGGUAGUGGGCAUUAUACAAGCUGCUGACCUCCCAGCAUUGGACAUUGGAGGUACCUCUGAUCCUUAUGUCAAAGUCUUCCUGCUCCCAGAGAAAAAGAAAAAAUACGAAACCAAAGUCCAUCGCAAAACUCUCAACCCCACGUUUAAUGAGUCCUUCACAUUUAAGGUUCCCUACUCAGAGCUGGGUGGCAAGACCCUCGUCAUGUCUGUCUAUGACUUUGACCGCUUCUCCAAGCAUGAUGCCAUCGGUGAAAUCCGUAUUCCCAUGAACACUGUAGAUCUGGCACAUGUGAUUGAAGAGUGGCGGGACCUACAGUCAGCGGAGAAGGAAGAGCAUGAGAAGUUGGGAGAUGUCUGCUUUUCACUCCGGUAUGUCCCUACAGCUGGGAAGCUGACCGUGAUAGUCCUGGAAGCCAAAAACCUCAAAAAGAUGGAUGUGGGAGGUCUUUCAGACCCCUAUGUUAAAAUUCAUCUCAUGCAGGGAGGAAAACGUAUUAAGAAGAAGAAAACAACCAUAAAGAAGAACACAUUGAAUCCUUAUUAUAAUGAGUCCUUCAGCUUUGAGGUGCCUUUUGAACAGAUCCAGAAAGUUCAGGUUGUUCUGACGGUCCUGGAUUAUGACAAGCUUGGCAAGAAUGAAGCCAUUGGAAAGGUCUUUGUGGGCUGCAAUGCUACAGGCGCAGAGCUUCGCCACUGGUCCGACAUGCUGGCCAACCCUCGGCGGCCCAUUGCCCAGUGGCACACCCUGCAGCCCGAAGAAGAGGUGGACGCAGCGGUUGGCAUAAAGACCUCUUGAUGCCCCUUGGUUGCUGGCCGAAUUACCCGGCAACAAUUCUGUCUCCCGUCCAGAGCGCAUGGGAGUGUGUGGGUGAGGCGCCCCUGAAAAUGCGUAUGUGUGUGUGGAGGGGGGAGCCUGUGAGCCUGUCUCUUCUCUCAGAGCCAUUUCCUGUUGAAAAAAAAAUCUUCCAAGAGUAAAUCCUGUUUUUUAUCCACUGUGUAAAAAAAGGAAGGAAGCUUACAUAGUAGUUGGAGACAGGGGAGAGGUUUAAUACAGGUUUACUAUGAAGCUAACAAAGCAAAUUUUACAAGUUUAGAUAUUUUGCUUUCAGAUAUGAGUAAUGCACUUCAAAUCUGACCCUCAUUAGCAGGUGGGCUUACCUUUCAACACAGAAAAAUACUUAAAAUUAUUGGAUCAUAUGUUACCAUGCUGCCAUAGGUCUCAAAUAAACCUACUGUUUAUCCCUUUGAACCUAUAGAUUUGCUACCGGUGUCUUUAAGUGAAACCAUUUUGUACACGUUUUGGCUAAUGUUCUAUGGUGCCAUGUUUGAAAACUAGACCUCAGUUGGAAAUCGGUUGUAAACAAUAUCUACAGAUGUGUUUACAACAGGUUUACUAAUAUAUUUGUUUUCUGAUUACGUCAACUAUAUAACCUUAGAUGUUGUGUUAUACCUGGAAAGCAAGAUGCAAAGUUAAAAAGCAUACCAGAAAUGUUUUGAACAUUUAGAAAAAAAUGUUUGAAAACAUAGAAAAUAGAAAACUUGAAAAUAGCUUUACAUUGUGACCAAGGCUGCAGUUUAUACCCACUUACCUGAGAGUAUGUCUAUUGAAUCCAAUGGUACUUAUUUCAGAAUAUGAAACUGAUUCAUACAAAAACAUUAAAUUGUUGGUUUUUUGUGCUAUAAAACAUUUAAAAUUUGGAUUGCCUUAGAAAACCCAAAACACUAUUAGUUAGGGAUAAGACUUAAAAUAUAAAAUGUGUGAGUUUAAAUUACAGAACUCUAGAAAGUGUGUGGUAGUAGUGCUAAUUAUUUUAUAUUAACAUGCUUAUUUGGUGUAUAAAAACUAGAUACUCAACUAAACUUUAGUAUAAAUUGGUAAUUUAGGCCCCUUCUAUACUGAUUUAUAAUCAAGAUUAUCAAAGCAGAUAAUCCACAUUAUCUGAUUUGAACUGGAUUACAUGAGUCUACACUGCCAUAUAAUUCAGCUCAAAGCGGAUAAUCUGGAUUUUAUAGGGCAGUGUAGAAGGGGCCUUAGUUUCACCUGCAAAAUUAACAUGUUUUUUUUUCAGUUUUAAUGUUUAAGCAUAGUAGAGUGUUAAACAUCCAUCAGCCAAUGUAUUAAACUAUUCAUAUAUAGUUUAUCCUAUUUUAUAUUGAUAUAAUUUAGAUUUUAUAGCAGUUUUAACAUAGCCAUUGUCCAAUUUUACAGUACCUGCUUAACAGCAUAUUUAUUAAAUAUUUGAUAUGGGUAUUACACAAAAUUUGCUAUAAGCUUUAUGUGGACCAGAUAAGUACAGAUUUACUAGUGUUUUACUACCCAACUUGUAAUAAUUUUGCUAUCUUGAAAACAAGUUUACAUUUUUGCUACAAGCUUAAGCCUGGUUUAUUAUUACAACUGCAAUGAGUUUGAUGUUUGACACAUUUUAUAAAUGACAAAGAGCAAUUAUCCAGAUGUUUACUCUAGGAUUUACAGCUGGUUUACAAUGGUUUUACAUAGGCUGAAAAAAUGUUUACAAUCCAUUCUUCUUUGCUGUGGCAAUGCUACAAAAGUACGGGUUUUGCAAAAAAUAUUUUGUAAUUCUGUAAGUAAUUCUCUAACUCUAGCUAAUUUGCUGGGCAAUUUAUUUAGUAAGUAAACUCACAUUAGCAACAAAAUUGUUUUAAAGAAUUUCCAACCAUUUGAAGAAUUAAUUUGAAACUUCAAACAUUUGAUCCCCAAAUCCAAGUAUUUGCGUGAAAUUUUUAAAAAAUAACAUUUGGAAUCUGAAUUUUGAACAAAAUUCUGAGAAAGCUUUUAUGUCAGAUCUGCUCAGAUAUGUGGACUAGAGGAUGCUGCGAGUUGUCAUCCCAAAAGUAACUUUAGAUGUGUUCCUUAAUUUUAAAAGGAUACCAUAUUUGAGUUCCGCGUAGGAACUCAAUUUAGAACUAUAGCUAUUAAUAUGGAAGAAAAUUUCUCAUUCACUGUACGUUUACAAUCGAUUUUAUAUCUAACAUAAAUCUGAAGUUCACCUAAGUGUUGAAUCAAUGGAACUCAGCGAGAGAGAGACCAUUAGGUUGUAAAAACAUUUCUUAAUCUUGUGAGUUACAGAUGAGGUCCAGUUUUCAAAGAAAGAUGCCAUCCCUAUUUGGGACAGCAUGGAAUCCUUUUAAUAUGGUCUGAAUUAGAAUUACCUUAUACCCUUUUUUGAUGCAUUUACCUACUCCUUGGUCAUACCAUACUUAUGGGAUUAAAAUCCCACCACUCCCUUUCUGUUAGAAUGAUAUACUAAUCUUCAUCACCAUCAUUUUCAUCUUCAUCAAUAGCUUCAGCAGAUCCUUAGAUUCAGUAAGAACUUGAGAAGCCCAUACUUGUAA